GAAGAGAAACAACAAGCGCGGCUUUGUGUUUACUUGUUUGCUGUUAUCUCUGUUUAUUUUUUGCCUUCAUUUCCUUUUUAAUAAUAUUUUUGCUGAUUGCCAUUCUGCUGGUUACAAAAUUUUCGAUCCGCGAACGACGCAAACAAAUAAAUCUGCGGGCAAAAUUUGUUUUUUUUUUCUUUCGUUCUGAAUCUAAUCAAAGUAUCGAUGGGAAAAUCAGUGCUUGGUUUUGGAAGCAGCAAUUGAAAUAUUUGCUUUUAAAGAGGAGGGGAGUACCAAGAAAGUGCUGUUAAAACAACAACAACAACCAAGAAAGUGAGUGUAUUUAAAGCUGCACCAAAUAUUUUUAAUAAAAGCUGCAAAGAAAUACCAAUUUUUAAUUUUGGUGCGCCAGCAAAAAAGCAAAUUGCGAAAGUUGGAGAAGUCGGCUGCACAACUCCAAAAGACCGUAAAAAAGAAAUUGCUGUGGCAGCGACGUCCUUGCUGAAACUUGGAGGCUGGUCGGUUGUUCGCGGCCAUUGUGGCAGCCAAAAAAAGGAAGACGAAGUCGAUUUGAUAUCAACGACGUCCCUGCUGCUGCUAUUAGCAUAGUCGCCGUGAAGUGUGUGUCAUUGAAAGCAAUAAAAUUGAAGACGCCAAACGAAACAAUUGAGUGGAUUAAUGCGGAGGUAGGUAAAGCGCAGAGGAGACGUUAAUCGGAGUUUCAAGUUGCGCAUAGCUGGAAAAGGUGCUAAAAGUGGCGUAGUGAAAUUAAUACAUAUAUUGGCUGCUGCAAACGUGUGAAGGGCAAAGCAAAAGUGGUGGUAGGAGCGGAACUGUAUUAGUCACCAAGCAAGUCGUUGAGGAUAUACGCAAACAUACAGUGUACAAAGCUCUGGGUAUUUGCUGCUAUCAAACAAAGAUUUUUCGCCAUUCACGAACAUCUCAAUAUUUCAACUGAUACACCCGAUAACCAAAACGGCUGUAUCUAAUUGCAACUGAGGAAGCAUCUUUUGUGGGCAGGAACUGAAAAGAGCGCAACGAGACACUUGCAAUAUUGUUAAUAUAGCAAUAUGGAGUCGGAUGAGGAUUCGUACGAGAUGGAGAAUGUCGAUUCUGGAAAUGUAUCGUCCGGCGACGAGGGCGAUGAAGAUUUCGGUAUGGAAGUCGAUAUACCCUCUUCACAUGAUCGUCAAAUGGAAACAGAGGAAUAUCAGUACGAAGUGCUCACCACAGAUGAAAUAGUACUGCAUCAGCGCGAAAUAAUCGAUGAGGUUAACAAUGUACUCAAGCUACCGCCCACAAUAAUCCGCAUACUGCUGAAUCAUUACAAAUGGGACAAGGAAAAGUUGCUAGAGAAAUACUUUGAUGGUAAUACGGAAGAGUUUUUCAAGGGCGCACAUGUCAUCAAUCCAUUCAACAAAUCCACCAAUCCAAGUCGACUCAAGGGUGAACGCACAGUUUAUGUGUGUAAGCAGAGAAAUAACAAAAAGCUUUUUCUUCAGAUGAUCAAAAACCCUGUAGAGGAAUGUGAAAUUUGCUUCUCAUUGCUGUCACCAGAUAGUAUGACCGGUCUGGAGUGUGGCCAUCGCUUUUGUUUGGCCUGUUGGCGUGAGUAUUUAACCACAAAGAUCGUCACCGAAGGUCUCGGUCAAUCCAUCUCGUGCGCCGCGCAUGGCUGUGAUAUUUUAGUUGACGACGUUACUGUCACCAAACUAGUGGAUCCGCGUGUCAAAGUGAAAUACCAACAAUUAAUCACAAACAGUUUUGUCGAAUGCAAUCAACUAUUGCGCUGGUGUCCGUCCGUUGACUGUACGUACGCAAUCAAAGUAUCGUAUGGCGAUUCGCGUCCGGUAGGUUGCAAAUGUGGGCAUGUCUUUUGUUUUGCAUGCGGCGAGAAUUGGCACGAUCCAGUCAAGUGUUGUUGGCUGAAAAAGUGGAUUAAGAAAUGCGACGAUGACUCGGAGACAUCUAAUUGGAUUGCGGCUAACACCAAAGAAUGUCCCAAGUGCAAUGUGACGAUCGAAAAGGAUGGCGGCUGCAAUCACAUGGUGUGCAAGAAUCAAAACUGCAAACACGAUUUCUGUUGGGUAUGCUUGGGGUCAUGGGAGCCACACGGUUCGUCGUGGUACAAUUGCAAUCGCUACGAUGAGGACGAAGCAAAGGCGGCGCGUGAUGCACAGGAGAAGCUGCGCUCCUCCUUGGCAAGGUACUUGCAUUACUACAAUCGUUAUAUGAAUCACAUGCAAUCGUUGAAAUUUGAAAAUAAACUAUAUGCGGCAGUCAAGCAUAAAAUGGAAGAGAUGCAACAACACAACAUGUCUUGGAUCGAAGUGCAAUUCUUGAAAAAGGCUGUAGAUAUACUCUGUCAGUGCCGCCAAACACUCAUGUACACAUACGUGUUUGCCUACUAUCUGAAGAAGAAUAAUCAGUCAAUGAUCUUUGAAGAUAAUCAAAAGGAUUUGGAAUCAGCAACAGAGAAACUAUCUGAGUACUUGGAACGUGAUAUAACGUCAGAGAAUUUGGCUGAUAUUAAACAAAAAGUACAGGAUAAAUAUAGGUAUUGCGAGAAGCGUCGGAAGGUGCUUUUGGAUCAUGUACAUGAAGGCUACGAGAAGGACUGGUGGGAGUAUACAGAAUGACGCGAAUCCUGGAUGGAUGAUUAAACAGCACCAACAACAAAUUAUUUUCAUUAAAUAAGCAACAGAAAACAGAGCAGGGAAGGAGAGAAAGCAGCAAGCGGAAAACGAUCAGUUAAGAAAUCAGUCUGUGUUUGUCAAAUAAAAAUACAAGCAAAAUCAACAAUAACAAACGAACCAAAAAUAUGUAAAAAAAAGCGCAAUCAAAUUAAGCAGAGUAAGGUCAGAUGUGGAACUAAACGGGGAGGAGAAGUGGAGAUGAAGCGCAGAGGGCGAAAGGUAUCGAGGCGUGGCAAACACCAGUCAGAGAAAGAAGUGGGGCAAGCAACGAAGACUAAGUUGCAAAUUUAUUAUAAAAUUUCCUCAAAUAAAGAAGAGAAAAUAAACAAAAUACAACAAAUAGCAACAUUACAAGAACACAACAAAAGCAAUUGCAUAUACUAUAUAUAUGUAGAUAUAUAUAAAUAUCCAUAUGUGAAUUACAAACAGGCAGCUGCAGCGCAAGGGGCGAUUCGUUGGCCAAAGGUUUGAAACCCACUUAAAUGAGUCUACAUUCAGCUGGACACAAAUGCGUCAGAGAGCGCGUUGCCUUUUCUGGCAGUUCUGGCAGUUUAGGCCUUUUUAUAGUAUGCGCAGCAAAGCUUUGUCAACUUUAGUAAUCCUUUGAAAUGCCUGCGCAGCCAAUAAGUGGUUGUGCCGAGUUACUCUAGUCUCCAGCGCAUACACCCAAACACAUACUUACACGUUUGCGGGAACAUGCCUGAACUCUACUCUGUUCUACUCCGCUCUGCUCCACUUCACCCUAAUCUACUUGGCCGAAUGACACACACACAUACAUAGGCGCGCGCCCGCCCUUGGUUUGUUUUUUUUGGUAUUUCCAAGCAUUUUUGAUUGCCAAUUAAUUCGUCAUUGCUUGCUGUUUUCAUCGUAUCUCUACUUGAUUAGUUUUUAUUAAGCAAAUUAGCGUUAGAGUGGCGUUUUAAAUGAAACAACACUUAUGUAGUUAUGUAAAGCAAAGGAAAACAAAAAGAGAAAUAAAUAAAAAGCGACAAAAACUCAA